GAGUGACGUCUGAGGAGCUUGUUGGUCGUCAUGGACGUAAACAACGCGUUAUCUCCUGUUUGUCAGUGUUUAGCUUGCUGUUUCAGGCUGCUUCUCGGCCCUUACGAUCGAUGCCCCUCAGGCAUGCCUUACCCCACUUGCAUCCACAUGGUCGUAUAAGACUCUCAGCUUCCAACGUGUCUUGACCCGCUCAACUCUGUUCUUUUGUCAAAUAUUUGUUCAUUUGCCUUUGAUUCCCUCAAACAGUCACAAUCAUGAACAACAUGCAAGGUCUCGCGGAUACCUUGACUGCAUCGGGCGGCACCGAAUCUGCAGGUUUCCUCAACGACAUUGUUGAGCAACUAUGGCCCAAUAUCAAUGUCGCCGGCUGCAGAAUGGUGAAGGAGAUCGUCGAGCCUAUUCUGGCAUCCACAUUGCCAGGCCCAUUGGGAAAUCUGCGGUUCACAAAACUCGACCUGGGCCACGUCCCACUGCGAUUGGGCGCAGUAGAUGUUCACAAGACUUCCAUGGGAGGCAUCAAGCUGGAUAUGGACGUAGUUUGGGAGAGCAAGAGUGACAUUGAGUUGGACGGCAGCAUGGUUCCUAAGAUUGGUAUCGAACAUGUGCAUCUCAGAGGCAGACUUUCUGUGUUGCUCGCGCCUUUGACGAACAUCAUCCCGCUCAUUGGUGCUGCACAAGUUGCAUUCAUCAACCCCCCAGAGCUCUCACUCGAUUUCACCGAUGCCGCCAACAUCGCAGAUCUUGGCAUUAUCUCAGGCACCAUCCGCAAGACUAUCCUUGGCAUAAUCGGUGGAAUGGCUGUUCUGCCAAACCGUUUCCUCGUCAAACUCGAUAACUCAAACGACUGGUUCAAGACAUACCAACCGCACCUUGGUGUCGUCCGUCUGACCAUCGAGCGUGCAAUCGGCAUCUCAGGUCCCAAGAAGAGCGGUGCAAAGCGCCUUUUGGCCAAGAUCGUGAAGGAUGUGCCUGACUGCUACUGCAAAGUCAACGUUGGCGCCGAAGAGGAGUGGCGAACAGCAACAAAGAAGAACGACCACGACCCUGAGUGGAACGAGACCCAUGACUUCCUCGUUGCAGACUUCGAGCAGAACAUAACCCUCGAUGUCCAGGACGACGACCUUGGUGGCGACGACGACAUCGGCAUUGGCUCGAUCUCUGUCAAAAACAUCCUGCUUGGCGGCGGCACAAAAGAGAUCGCGCUCACGCACAAGGGCGAGCACACGGAUGCCCGCGUCACAGUGCACGCCAAGUUCUUCCACUUUGUCUCUGACCCGCAGGCCCUGUCGGCCUCCCAGAGCGAAGGCGAAGGCCAGAUCUGCGGAAUUGCUACCAUCCUCGUUGCCAGCGCUCUUGGUCUUCAGGGCCAGCGCGAUGAGCUCCAACCCAGCGUCAAAGUCUCGUGGGGUGCAAAGGAGUUCCGCACUGCAAUCAAGACGUACACCCCUGGCUCGGACAUCUUCAACCCGAGCUUUGACCAGGCUUUCAGGAUCCCAAUCACAGGCGAUGUGCUGAACAGUGGCGCGCCUUUCCGGAUCAGCCUGCUGAACAAGGAGGCUGAGACUGGUGUAGUAGAGAUCCCCUUCGAGGAUGUGCAGAAUGGGCAGGAAUUGAGCGUCGCGAACUCGUACGAUGUUGGAAGCGGUGCGACGGUCAAGGUCUCGAUCAGCCUACGGGGGUUGCAGUUGGCCGAGUAAGUCAUGUAGCGUAUGCAGAAAUAGCGCUUGGCAUUUGACAUACAGUAACUAUUCUUCGGUACUCAUGUUGUGAACGUUACUCUUGCUCUGUCUUCCAUUUACCACUUCUCAUCUUUUGGCGAGAAGAUUGACUUUUUCGAACGUCCGUGAGAAAACUUACGCAAGCAGGUCGU